AUGUCAGAUUUGACGAGCAGAAGUUCUUAUUUAUUCAAUGAACAACUUGUGGCCUCAUUAUUGCAACCACUUGGUCGGAAUCAAACCGAUUAUAAGUAAGUUUUUUUAAUGUUUCGUUCGAAAGAUAGAGUUACUCAAACAACGUAAAUUGCGAUAAUUUCAGAGCAUAUCGUAGUAAAGUGAAUUUGAAAAUAUGUGAGCAGCGAAAUGAGACGAGCGGUGAAAAAGAAUUGAAAUUUGAAAUAAGUCGAGCAGAGGAUUAUGAAUUUUUAUUCGCCGAAACACUCAACAAUGAAAAAUAUCAAAAACUUGCUAGAGAACACGAUUUGACAGUUGAUUUUGAAGCAUUUCCACGUGCAAUAAUUCAGAAAUUAUUAUGUAAAAAUAUAAGUGAACAACAACAAUCAGAUGGACAAUUACAUAGUAUUGUCGAUAAUAAACCAACUGAAAUAUCACUUAUUUUGGAUUGCGAAAAAACAACUUGCUCAUUUGAACUUUUUUCAAAAACUCCUAUUUCGAAAGGACGCAUUUUUGCAUUGAAAAUGUCAGCUGUUCGAGGAGAUCAGUUAACAUCACAUUUGUUGAAAAUUUGUUCGUUACAAUCAUCGAAAUUAGGAGAAUUUGAUAGAAUUCGUGAAGAAUUGCUCAAUUAUCGAGAAAAAUAUGAGAAAUUAGAAAAGGAAAAUACGGAAUUAUUGAAAACUAGCGAGAAAUGUAAAUUAGACGAGGAAAGAUUGGAAGAACUUGAAGACGAGUUAGAGGUUUGUUUUUUAUUUGAAUCAGGAAUAGGGAAAGAUAAAUUUCUACGAAGAUUUUCAAAAUUAAUAGAAUACUUUACAGCUUGUUAAAGAAGAAAGACAAAAUAUGCGAAUUUUGGCGGAAGAAAAAGAUGAACUUAUUGAAGAAAUGCGAAUAGAGCAAAAUGAUAUCAAAAAACAAAAUGAAGAAUUAAAUGAAGAAAUUGAAAUUGUUGGAACAAUGUUAAAAGAAGAACAAUUGAGAAGUGACAAAUUACAGGCUGAUAAAGAAAUAAUACGCCGUGAAAAUAUUGAUUUGAGACAAAAAUUUGAAAGAAAUCUCGAAAAGUUUAAAAAACUACUAGCUGUAAGUUAUUUUCAGAAAUAGAAACCAACAAUUAUUCAUUUUUUGAAGGAGAAAUCAGAUAAUCAGCAGAGCGUAGAUUUGAGAAAAUUAAAAGAAUUGGAAAAUGAUUUGAAAGAAAAAGAUGGAUUGGUUUUGACAUUAUCAGAAACAAUAUCUGGAAUUCGAAAAGAAUUAGAAGAUGAAAAAAUGAAAAUAGUUGAAAUGACACAAACAAUGGAUCAAUUGAGAACAGCAAACUUGGAAAUGACUGAAAGUAAGGGAACUGUAUUAUUUGAAAUUCCAUUUUUCAUAACAUAUUUUUUCAGAGCUUCAAAUGUAUAGAUCGAAUCGAAUGAAUGUUCCUUAUAUGUCUCCUUCAAUUUUGCAAGGAACUCCACCAACAAUUCCAUUAGGAGUUCGAAAUUCUACAACACCAUACAAAGCUGUUUUUCCAAAAAUGUCAUCAUUAAGCAAUUUAUCAACACCAUAUGGAAGAACUCAAACAUCGCCGUAUUCAGAUGUUUGUCCGCCACCAACAACUCCAAUGAGAAAUGAUACAACUACCUCAACUACUAUCUCAUAA